AUGGUGGCCUGCAUUUCAAACACCCAGGCUUUGGAAACCCGAGUUGCGAAGGCUGAGGCCUGGGAGACUCAGGCUCGUGAGGCUCAGAGAAGGGGCACCCAACCCAAGCAGACCUUUGCAGUGCAGCUGCAAGCUGCCCAGCCAUUGAAACGGAAACCCUCAAUUAAGAAGGUGAAGGUGCCAGAGAAGAAGAAGAAGAGUGAGGCCCCUUUCAUCCGUCCACUCUGGUCCAACAAGGUUGAGUACAUCCUGACCCAGGUGGGCUACUCCGUGAGGGCCAUCAAUCUUUGGCGUUUUCCCUACCUGUGGCUUCACAAUGGAGGUUGUAAUUUUUUCAUCAUCUACAUCUUCUUGCUGCUCUUGAUUGGGAUUCCUCUCCUCUUCCUGGAGAUGGCCAUCGGUCAGCGGAUGCGCCAGAGCAGCAUUGGCAUGUGGAAGACCAUCGGCCCCUGGGUUGGUGGUUUGGGGUGCACCAGCUUCAUGGUGUGCUUCAUCGCUGGCUUGUACUUGAAUGUGUUCAAUGCCUGGAUCCUCACCUACUUGGGCCAGUCCUUCAAGUAUUCCAUCCCAUGGGAGCAUUGUCCUCUACUGAAGAACUCCAGUGCCUUUGAUCCUGAAUGUGAACAGACGACGCCCUCCAUGUACUUCUGGUACCGGAUGGCCUUGAAGGUCUCAGACAGGAUUGAGGAUGGUGGGCCACCAGUCUUCAGUCUGUGUGUGCCCUUUCUGCUGUCUUUGUGUCUUGUUGGUGUUUUCAUGAUUAAUGGGAUCAAGUCCAUCGGGAAGGUUAUGUAUGUCUUGGUGCCAGUGCCCUAUUUAAUCAUGAUCUGUUUUCUCAUCCGGGUUCCACUGCUGGAAGGAGCAGUAUUUGGCCUUGGAAAUUUGAAGGUUUUGAAGAUAUCGUCUCUGUACGACGUGAGUGUGUGGUGCCAUGCGGGGGUCCAAGUCUUGUUUACCUUGGGACUCGGCUUUGGCCCCAUUGUCUCUUUAUCCUCGUACAUGGACCCGUCUAACAACUGUCUCAAUGAUGCCUUUGUUGUGGCUGCGGUCAACCUGGGCUCCAUGAUGCUUGCCACACCUUCUAUCUUCUGCGUCCUCGGCUUCUGGGCCACAAUCAUCACGCACCGCUGCAAUGAGAAGAACGCCGAAACACUUUCCAGCCUGGUAACCCUGGGGAAACUGCCUCCUGACGCGCAGCCCCCGGCCAACCUGGCCGCCAACCCUACUGCCCUCUUUUCUGCCUGGCUCAGCAGCCUGUCCCCGCCCAUCAGCAGCAUGGUCCUCAGCCACAUUGCUGAGUGCAGCUUAGAGAAGCAGCUUUUGAAGGUUAAGGAGGGCCCAAACUUUGCAUUCCUGGCCUUCAUUGAAGCCAUGUCAUUCGCUCCUGGGUCUGUCUUCUGGACCGUCCUCUACUUCCUGAUGUUGCUGACCUUUGGGCUGAAUGUCAUGAUAGGGACCCUGCAGGGCAUUAUCACUCCACUCCAGGACUCCUUUUCUUCUUUCAGGAACUAUCCAAAGCUGUUUACAGUGGCUGUCUUUGUGCUCAUGUUCCUGUGUGGCCUCUUCUUCACUCGACCCUCAGGCGUCUAUUACGUUGGACUGCUGAGUGAAUACUGGAUGAUCCUCCCCAUAAUAACCAUCGUCAUACUUGAAAACGUGGCUGUGGGCUGGGCCUAUGGGGCCAGGAGGUUCCUAGCAGACUUGGCGACUCUGUGGGACCACUCCAUCCACCCCAUCUUUCACUGGCUGUGGAACGCUGUGACUCCAGCUGGGCUGCUGAUCCUGCUCAUCGCCACUCUGAUCCUUCUGUCUCUGAAGACCAUGACGUAUCUGGCCUGGGACUCCAGCACUUCAAAAGAGGUGCUCCGACAAUACCCGUCGUGGGUGCUGCUCGCGAUGAUCACCCUGUUCCUCGUCGUCAUCCUCCCCAUCCCCACGUACUUCGUGUACUGCCUCACCCAUGGCAUUCCUUUCAAGUCCACAAGCUUGGGCAGGCCCACCAAAGAGGUCCAGAAGGAGGAACCCCUGAAAGAUGGUAAUCGAAUCACUGAUCAACCUGCUGUGUGA